CACGCACACUCCACACACACGCACCUCCUGUCAUUCUGUAGUCGCAGACGCUCAGGAUCAGUGCUCCUCUAUGUGAAGUUUACACACACAGCCGGAGCGCAGGAAAAAACUCCCCCUUAUCUUCUACAGGCAUUUAACAUCAGUCUGCUGAGCAGGAUCUGAAAAACGAGGUCACUUUUACAGUUUUACCACAGCACACAGGCCUGAGCUGCAGGACAUUAUGACAGAAGUAAUGAACACCUGCGAAUCGACUGUGGGGGAAUAUGGUGCAUCUGGGGACCAGAAGAUCGGUUUUCAGAUUUUCCCAGAAUCACACGAGCGAUACCCCAAGCUAUCCAAACGCUUGCCGUCCAUUGUGGUGGAGCCUACUGAAACAGGAGAAGUGGAGAGUGGUGAGUUGAGAUGGCCUCCUGAUGACUUGAGCCCUACAGAUGAAAAGAGAGAUCCUCCAGCCCAGAAAGCAGGUGAGGAUCCGGCAGCUGAUGUGGAGGAAGCCGGCAGAGCAAACUGACUCUCACCCAUCCAAUCUAUAACUUUGAAUGUCUUAAUGAUGGACAAGAAUGAGCAGGAGGCUCCUACAGUUAGGUCUGACUACAGUAUCACCCGCAAUAGAGGAACCACCUGUUGAUAGACCUUCCAAUCCACUAGGGGGAGCUGAGGCCUGAAAGACUUUUCCUGAAAUAACGCGUGUGCCAUACUCUA